CUCCCGCCGCCUACAAGUCGGUUGAAUACUCAUGACCUCCCUUUUCAGGAGUGUGUUGGGGUCGCUAUGCAUCGUGUCAGCGCUGUCGUUAGGGCUUAUCUUGCUCCCGCUUUUGCUAUUGUCGCGAAAAAUACGUGAGUUCUUCUUUGUCACGUUUUUUUGGGAAGUGAUUACCAUCUGGUCCGAAGCAUUCUCAAACUCUCGGCGCUGCGCCCUGAAGCCUCUGCAGUCCCUUAAGUCACGCGACUCACACCUCCGACAAGAGGGCGCAAUCAGAGUGCUCGAGAUUGGAGCCGGACUGGGUGGCAACUUCGAGCACAUCACCCGCGCCAUCAAAUACACCAACGUCGAUCCAAAUGUGGAGUUUGGUUCCGCUUUUCUCAGGAAACUGCGAAAGAACCCCAAGGUUGAGCUCGAACAGUGGAUCCAAGGAUAUGGGGAAGACAUGAGCGAGCUGGCAAGUAGCCAUUUCGACGUCGUUAUGUUCACGUACCUCCUCUGCUCCGUAAAGAACGCGAGAAAAGUCCUAGAAGAAGCCAAGCGAGUUAUGGUGAAAGGGUCUGAAGGCACUCGCCUGUCGGAUAUCAGAGCACCUAUCAACGACGGCGUUGUUUCUUCACCCUACCCGCCUGUGGAGCUGCGUGAUGAUGAGACAUUCUAUCAGUAUAUCAAGAGAUGUUUCUUGGAAAAGGCUGGACAGCCAGCAUUGGAACGCAGUGGUGAGUGGCUCACAUUCGCCGACUUGCUCAGACUCAUGGAAAGCUAUGCCAGUGGUUUCCAGAGUCACGGUGUAUCAUGCGGCAGCCGUGUCUGCGUCAACAUGAACAACUCGGCCGAGGCCAUCGCUGCCGUCUAUGCACUCUGCUGUGCCGGAGCAGCCGUUGUCCUGACGAGACCAGGGCUCACAGAACGUGAAGUUUUGUACCAGGUUGAAGACAGUGGUGCCACCUUCAUUCUCACGGAAAAACAGAAUGUUAAUAAGAUUGUGAGCAUUCACAAGUCACGUCCAUUCAAGGCCAUGUUCUGCGUAGACAGAGUCGAGGGCUUCCGAUGCAUCGACGACUUCGAGAACGAAAACCACACAAGCUUUGUCGAGCCAUCGAUCGAAGACACCCGCUCGCACGUGCUGGUCUACACUUACACCUCUGGAACGUCUGGUCUUCCUAAGGGAGUAGAGAUCAGUGUGAACGCGUACAUGGCGUCGAUUGAAAUAUGCAGGGAGGCGGAAAUCUUCUACGAGGGAGAUGUUUACCUCGGCUGGAACCCUGUGACCCAUGCCGCUGGUUUCGUUCUUGCUGCGUCCGCCUUGUGUUCUGGAGCGAGAGUGGUGCCAUCGAGGGGUGGCCUACCUGCCAAGGACUUCGUCCAGACUGUCAACAAACACCAGGUGACAUCUAUUGUGGCAUUCCCGACAGCGUUCCGCAAGCUUGUAUUCGACCUGGAUGAAGACGCCGUGCCCACCGUAAAGCGGAUACUCAUGUGUGGCACGUCAACUGCCGAGGAACUGUACCAGAGGGUACUGAAGGUAUUCCAGCCCAAGAGCCUGCGCAACGGAUACGGCCUCUCUGAAAUCGUCGGCUUUGCCUGCAUGACAGCGCCAAACACGAUAGGUCUUUCCGACGCAGGUCACCCUGUACCAUCGGUGCAGUACAAGAUUGUGGACCACGUAACAGGUCUUCCACUGGGAGCCGGCGAAGUGGGUGAAAUCACAUUUCGAGGACCGCAUCUAAUGAGAGGCUACCAUAACAAGCCGGAAGCUACAGCGGCAGUUUUGGACAAAGACGGGUGGUUUCGAUCAGGGGACGCCGGAUAUCGCGACGACACCGGGAAGUUGCACGUUGUGGAGCGCCUUAAGGACAUGAUCAAGUGUCUGGACCAGCAGCUCGCGCCGGCAGAGCUGGAGGCUCUGCUUUCACAGCACCCACUGGUGGCAGAAGCCGCUGUAGUGGGCAUUGACCACCCGGACAUGGGCGAGGCACCCACGGCCUUCGUUGUGGCCGAAGGCCGUGUCGAAGAGGAAGAGCUCAAGCAGCUAGUAGCCGAACAAGCUGCGCGCCACAAGCACCUGCACGGCGGGGUCGUCUUUGUCGACCACCUUCCGAAGACGGACACAGGAAAGAUCAUGAGGAGACAACUUCGGUCGAACUACUUGAAUACAUAUUCAAAGGGACCAUGAAACCCUUAAGGGAGGAACUUCCGCAAGCAAAUAUAGCAUUCUACUUGCUUGCUUAGCAGAGUAGUAUUGGAACGGUAUUAUUUAACAACGUUGCUUCCAGUGAAGCACGUAAAAUAAGCAGAGCAAAUGAAUAUGUGGAACACCGUCACCAUCUAGCUCGCACUACUAAAGCUCAUUCGGCAAGCUCAACUUUCUCUGCCAUUUCCUUUCAUACCAGCCAUAUUUUAUUGUACCAUAUUAUAUUGCUGACAGUUUCAUUAAAUAUGCGUUUCUGAA